AGAAGCCGAGAAUGCGCUCUCGAUGGACGGACUUCGUCGCUCCCGUCUCCGCGUCGAGUUUCGGGGGACAAGGCGGUGACGCAGGCGGAUCUCGGGGCCCGAUUGGCGGUGUGAUCCUGGCCGGGCGCUGCAGCCGGUGAUGGGCCGGGGUCCGGAGAAGGCGGCAUGGGCCCCGGAUACCGCAGGGUCCGCCUCCUGGCACUCGCCCUGGUCUGCACGGGAUUCCUCGUCACCCGCAUCCACAGGACCCAGUCCGGCCACGAUGGAGACUGGCCGCUCGUCGUGCAGGCCGGCCAGCAGACGCUUCAGGUCACCGUCCCACUCGAGUUGGCCCGGAGACCGACCCUGCCCCGUCCUGACCCCAAGUACCCUUUCCAGCACUACAACGCGAAGAGGCCCCCAAAGUUCAAGUUGACAGGUGACAGCGACGUCUCCGCCUACUUUAAGGACGUCUCGAACACGACCUGCUUCUCCCUCGGAACCGACUUCCCAAACACGUCGGGCGAAACUUGCACCUGCCUCAGGGGUUGGUCCGCCGCCGACUGCAGUCUCCCUGACUCCGUGAGUUCCUCGAAGCGCUUCAGGCGCCGAUGGACAAAUAAGAAGAUACGGCGCCGCGCGAGACCCCCGCGUCGGGUCAUCAACGCCCUCAACUUCAACCACGAGCUGGACUUGCUCGAAAUCAGGCUGCACGAACUGUACGCUGUGGUGGAUGUCUUCAUCGUCUGCGAGUCCAACUACAGCGCUCUGGGUGAGACCAAGCCGCUUCGACUGCUGCCCCAACUCAUGAAAGGGUUUCUUGCCGAAUACCAGGACAAGAUCAUCCAUAUGGUGCUUGACCAUUUUCCGGAAAAGGGCCGGGAGGAUGGCUGGUACGCCGACGGCUACCAGAGGACAUUCCUCUGGAAGCAUGGUCGCAAGAGGAUCUCCGGGCUACGCGAUGACGACCUCUUUGUCCUGACGGACGCAGACGAGAUACCGAGGGCCGGAGCUCUGGCGUUCCUCAAGACGCAUGAUGGUUACGGAGAACCCAUGUUCCUCAGGCUUCGUUGGAGCCUCUACGGUUUCUUCUGGUUGCACGUCCAAGAACACGUGCAGGUUCUGUCCGUGUGCACGGUCCGCUUUCUGUCGAAGGUGCUCAAGGAUGACGCGUCGCGGUUGAGGAGGGAAGAGAUUCCGCCGGAAGCAGAAGACGUCUACGGUGGAGCGCUGGAGGAGUGGGUGUUAGGCCAGAAUCCCGUGAGCAACGCUGGCUGGCACUGCUCCUGGUGUUUUGAAGCGGAGGGACUCCGCGUCAAGCUCAGAUCCGCUCAGAAGGACGACGGAAUCCGCUGGGGCGACUUUCCAGAGAAGAGAACGGACAGGUACCUAAGGGUCCUGGUGCAGCGGGGACUGUGGUUCGACGGAAAAAAAGUGACGAAACCUGGUGCUCUCUCGAGAGGCGUUACAGUGCCAGCUCACGUGAUGGACAACCCAAAGUUUAACUAUCUCCUCAAACCCGCGAACUCAACAUCGUCAUAGACGUAGUGCGGUGCACAUUGUGUGUGUGUGUGUGUGUGUGUGUGUGUGUGUGUGUGUGUGUUUACAUCAUUACAGCAAAACGACAUCCUGAAAGAACCGCGAUUGUAUCAGUAUCUCCGGUGCCUGUGCAUAAAACAACAGCUGCCUGUGAACGAAGUGUGCCGUUUUGUGCGACGUGCAUAAAAACUGGUAUGCAGUUUGCGGACUUGCCAAAAGCCUUGCUAUAUGAAUGAACAGUUCUGGUAGAAACGUUCUGCCUUGCUCAUUGUUUGUUACUCUUUUUACGGGUUCCGGCGGCAACGGUAAGUCUCGGUGAUGCUUCUGGUAUGUUUUAAAGAGGCAACUGACACGCGAAAGUUUUAGAGCAGAAUGAUUUCCUCUGUUUGGCAAAUAAGAAUAAACUUAUAUUGAACUUC